UCAUUACGGACCUGCGUUCGCGAACGAAACUCGUCACAAAAGAGAGACUCCGCGAAGGAAAAGUGUCACCCUCCUCCACACACGUCAGUCAGGAAAAAAGCAGUAAAAAUCCAGAAUUGAAAAUUCAGAUUAAAAGUUCCUUCGACGGGUGUCCGCGCGAGUGUGGCCAUUUCGGGGUUGUAAGCGCGUUCCGAGCCAGGUUCUUGCUGGGUGUAGGGGGGAACCAGCAAUGGCCACCACGGCUGGAAGUUGAGAAAGACUCAGAAGAAAAAAAAAACUUGCCAGGGAAAAGUGAAAGAGGAGUGCAGAGAGAAAGAAAAUAAAACAAGGAAAAAUGGUUCGCACGGAAAGUGCGCUGGCGAAAUUGGUCCGCUGAGGGGCGAGCCCGUGUGGAGCAGGUUCCCGAAAGUAAAUAUAGUUCCGUCUGGAGGGAUCCGCAGGUGUGUGUAUUAUUGUGAGUGUUGUUUUUGUUGUUGCUGCUGGGGUGGCCGCAACCAGCUAUCAUGGAACAGCUGCCCUGGCGGAAGAGCAGGACAAGGAUGAGGAGGAGCAGUACGGGCGGGUUGAACGGUUUGCUGCGGCUUGCGCUGGCCGCCCUGGUGCUGGUGGUGGCCCUCACGGUGGAGGCGGCCGGCAGCAGCAGCCUGACCAUGACCGGCGGUGUUCACUCGGGCGGGGGCAAGUGCUCGGAGAUCCGGUGCAUGAACGGGGGCAGCUGCCGCAACGGGACCUGUCUCUGUCCGGACGGCUGGCAGGGCUCGGAGUGUCAGUUUUGCGGAGGAAAAGUUAGACUAACGGACCCGUCCGGCAGCAUCCACGACGGGCUCGGCAACUACUCGAUCGGCGUCAAGUGCAGCUGGCUGAUUGACGCCCGGGAUCACAACAGCAUCGCCGCCGCUCAGACGACCGCGAUCGCCAAACCGUCGGUGAUCCGGCUGCACCUGGAGGAGUUUGCGACGGAGUGCGGCUGGGACCACCUGUACGUGUACGACGGGGACAGCGUCGAGUCGCCGCUGCUGGCCGUGUUCAGCGGGUUGAUGUACCGGAAGAAUUUCAGCAUCCGGCGGAUUCCGGAGGUGUUUGCGCACAGCGGGUCGGCACUGUUGCACUUCUUCAGCGAUGACGCGUACAACAUGUCCGGGUUCAACAUCAGCUACCAGGUGAACGCGUGUCCCACGGUGGACACGGCUUUGAACUGUUCCGGGCACGGGGUUUGUGCGGUUGGGGGUGAUUGCAGCUGUGAUCCGGGUUGGACGGGGUUGGCGUGCAACGUGGCACGAUGUCCGAACAACUGUUCGUCGCAUUUGGGCCGGGGGACGUGUAACGUGCUGCAGCAGCGGUGCGACUGUGCCAAGGGAUUCGAUGGGAACGAUUGUUCGCAGGUGCGUGCGCACGGCGUUUGGACGACCAUCGAUUCGGAGGGCAAGCAGGGAUUUGUGCCGCCGGGGAGUGCCUCGCACGGGUCGGCCGUGUUCCGGGACACGUUUUAUGUGGUUGCGGGCGAGAGUUACGCGAAGGCAAAGUCGAUGAUGUACAUGUACGACUUUAAUGGGAAGGUGUGGGAGACGGCCCAUACGGAUUCGAAGACGACGCCGGCGCUGCGGUACGGGGCGUCGACGGUCAUGUACGGGGACAAGAUCUUCAUGUACGGCGGGGUGGUUGAGGGAAGCAAGGGUGGUGUUUGUGGCGAGUUGUGGGCGUUUGACGUGAGUGCCAAGAUCUGGGAGAAUAUUACGGUGAAGGCGGAGCCGUGUAACGAGACGUACGCGAUGUGUGGUCCGUUGAAGUCGGCAGGACACACGGCGACGUUGAUAUCGAACUUUGAGGGCGGCAAGAAGGGACAUUCCCAGCGGAUGGUGGUCAUUUUUGGUCAUUCGCCGCAGUUUGGGUACCUGAACACGGUGCAGGAGUACAACUUUGGGACGCGCGAGUGGAAGAUUGUGCGGACGAAGGGUUUCCCGGUGAAGGGCGGUUACGGCCACUCGGCGGCGUACGAUCCGCUGAAGGAACGAAUCUACGUGUACGGCGGGAUAAUAUCUGAGAGCGACAGUACUCAGGUGUUGAGUGGCAAGUUGUACAGCUAUGAACCACACGGUCGGGUGUGGGUGCUGGAGGCGGCGGCGCCGACUUCCCGGUUCCUGCACACGGCCAACUUUAUCAGCCCGGGCUUGAUGAUGGUGUUUGGGGGAAACACCCACAACGACACUUCGCACAGCUUCGGGGCCAAGUGCUACAGCCGGGAUCUGAUGGUGUACGACAUUCUGUGCGAUUCGUGGCACGUGCAGCAGAUGCCCAACGAUCUGCGGGCGGAUUUGGCCCGGUUUGGCCACUCGGCGAUUGUGUUCGAGGAGUCGCUGUACAUCUACGGUGGGUUCGACGGGCAGAUGAUCAACGACAUGCUCAAGUUUACGCCGGGCAAUUGUCGGGCGUUUAACCGAUCCGAUCAGUGCCUGAACGCCCGACCUGGGGUCAAGUGCAUCUGGGACAUCCAGAAGAGCAAGUGCGUUCCGAUUCUGGACGUGGACAAGUCGGUGCUGUUUAGCCGGGACGAGACCAACUACGAAAUUUGUCCGCAGGAGAGCCGGCUGGUCAUGACGAGGCAGGCCCUGAUGGAUUACGAACUGUGCAGCUUUCUGUCCAGCUGCCAGAGUUGCGUGUCCACCUCGUACGGGUGUAUGUUCUGUGGGAUUGGCAACCAGAAGGGAUACUGCGCGAAGGAAAAGUGUCCGGACGUGUCGUACACGUAUCGUGCGGAUUUCUACCCGACGCGGAAGCUUAAGGAUUGUCCGGAGAUUGACGGACUGUUUUGUUCGCAGCUGCACAGUUGUCACGCGUGCACGGCGUACAAGUUCUGCCACUGGGACUACGAGCACAGCAAUUGCGAGUUCCGGACGAACAACACCGGAAGUGGGGACAUCCUGGUGGAUACGCUGCCCUGUCCGCCGGCCUGCUCAGUGUUGACGACCUGCGGCAAUUGUACCCAGGAGGAGUGCAUCUGGUGCCAGAACGAGCAACGCUGCGUUGACAAGAACGCGUACACGGCGAGCUUCCCGUACGGGCAGUGCCGCGAGUGGACAACCGGUUCGAACAAGUGCCGGGCGGCCAGUUCGGGCAAGAGUCAGUGUGGAUUUUUCAAGACCUGCGCUCAGUGUCGCGAUGAUCCUGCCUGUGGGUGGUGUGACGAUGGAUCGAUGACCGGACUGGGGAAAUGUCUACCCGGUGGAGACAGCGGUGCUCACGAAGAAAUGGAAUGCCCGGCGACGAGGUGGCACUUUACGCACUGUCCGAGCUGUCAGUGCAACGGCCACAGUACUUGUCCGGACUCGAAGAUCUGCAAGCAGCCGUGCAAAGACCCGAUGAUCGGAGCCAACUGCGAAAAGUGCAAACCCGGCUAUUGGGGCAAUCCGGUCAACGGAGGAACCUGCCAGAAGUGUGACUGCAACGGACAGGCCCAGUACUGCCACAGCGAGACGGGCAAGUGCUUCUGCAGCACGAAGGGCCUCGCCGGAGAUCACUGCGAAAAAUGCGACGCCACGAACCACUACCACGGCGAUCCGAGCCGAGGUUCGUGCUACUACGACCUCACCAUCGACUACCAGUUCACGUUUAACCUGUCCAAGAAGGAAGACCGCCACUUUACCCAGAUCAACUUCCGCAACUCGCCGAUCAAGGCAGACAUCGAUGCCGACUUUAGCAUAACCUGCUCGGUCGCCGCCAAGAUGAACAUCACAAUUCGGACGGCGGGCGGCCCGGAAAAGCCACUCUUCUCCGCGGUCAACUGCUCGACCUUCCGGUAUCGCUUCUCGAAAGCGGAGCACCACUUUGGCAUCGAAGACAACGUCACGUUGACGACGUUCUACGUGUACGUGUACGACUUCCAGCCGCCGCUCUGGAUUCAGAUCGCGUUCUCGCAGUACCCGAAGCUCAACCUGCAGCAGUUCUUCAUCACGUUCUCCACGUGCUUCCUGCUGCUGCUGCUGAUGGCGGCCAUCCUGUGGAAGAUCAAGCAGCGCUACGACAUGUUCCGUCGCCGGCAGCGGCUCUUCGUCGAGAUGGAACAGAUGGCGUCGCGGCCGUUCUCGCAGGUCCUGGUCGAGGUCGAAAGCAGCAAGGAGUACAACGAGCUGUCGCCGGCCGUGGAGAAUAUCACGAGCGCACCGCGCAAGCGAAAAAAGGAUUCGCCCAGUCCGAUCGCGCUGGAGCCGUGCGAGGGCAACCGUGCCGCGGUGUUAUCGCUUCUAGUCCGGCUGCCAACCGGUGGCCACCUACACGCUCCUCCCGGCCAGUCGGCCGGUCUGGCCGUGGCCAGCGCCCUGGUGACGCUCGGCAACCCGCGGCGACCGUCGAUAGAGCACCCGAAGGAGCCCAAGAGCAAGCGGAAGCAGAGCCAGCAUCCCGACAGUUGUAUAUAAGAGGCGGAAGGGAGAGUCGGCCGCGUGGACUCGUCGAGACGAUGAGGACGCGUGCGCGACAACGGUGAUGAUAUAAGAUAAGGCUAUAUUACCGAUACUACAAUUUACGAUUAGGUUUUUGGGGGCGUGCGCAUGCAGCAGGUUUAACGUGAACCGCCACCACCAGCCUCUGGAGAAAGUUUUCCCGUUUUUUCUUCUCUUCAUUGUGUUUGUUAUUUUUACGAACAUGGCUACAAUGACUAAAGUUUUACAACAAACCAA